AUGACUCAAGACUUCGAUUCUGCGCUACCAGACACACUGCCACUACAUCCGCAAACCUCUUUACAGCGCUGGAGACCUGUAAGCCAUUCGUCGAUGUUCGAUAUCGUGCAAUCUGAAUUUUACGAAGUGAUCAAAGAAAUCGCGAUGCUGGGCCAACCGAUCGACUUGAGACCUUUGCAAAACGCGUACGAUGAAUUGAUAAGGGCGCAAUCGCGAGAACUGCGACAAGCCACUCUCAUCCACGAUACUAAAGAAUCUUACAAGAACCAAAACUCCGAAAUUGAACCUUUGACAUUGGAAAAUUGGGACGACUACAGAAACGGUACUCUUAAAGCUCCUAAACUCGCUAACGUGUAUUCAGAGACUAAACAACUUCUUGAGCAAGACCCUGCCGCGUUUAUGCCGCCUGUUAAUGAUUUGAAAAAGCUUAUCACGGCGUUACCUUUCAUUUUGCAAGACCCUCAGAGUGUGAUCCCAGACGACAACAAUACAAACGAUGAAAUUAAAGUCGAGGGUGGCCAAAUAGAGCUCAAAUGCCCUAUCAGCCAGGACUUCUUUCGGCAACCUUUGAUCUCCCGUAAAUGUGGCCAUGUUGUCGAUGCGGAACCACUACGCAUGCAUUUUGAAAGAUUAAGAAGUGCAGGUCGACCGGUCGAAUGUCCACAGGGAUGUCAAAGAACGAUAUCAGAGUCCGAAUUUAUACCAGACAAGCUCAUGGAACUACGGUUACAUAUCUACAAAGCUCGAAAACGUCCUCAUCCUGAACACAGCAAUGCCGUUACCUUGUAG